GUAUGUGACUUUUCCUGCUUUUCCUGUACUCUAUUGUAAACUAAACCUUUCAAAAACAGUAUAUAACGGAAAACAGAUGUUCCUGUGCAGAUGGAGCCGCAACUGUCGUCUUCAUAAGUAAAACCAAUGGCAGUCUUUUUUUACUGAAAGCCAUUAACAGUGUGGCUGACCUCAUCCUGUUUUCCUACUCGUUUGGUUGCAACUCUUCUAAGCAAAGCAGAACCCUUAUAAGCCUCCAGGUUCAGCGUUACUGCCCUGCGUUUGGUGUCACAGCGUAGCACACAGAGCUCCUCCUGCAGCCCCACAUCAGAUGGCUGCACAAAUCUGCAGCCAUCACAUCAGGAGGGAGGCUGGACGGGUUAGUUUCUAAGAUUUCAACAUUGAAGAGCAAUUAGACCCACCAACACGCCAGAGGAAUGGAAAAAGAUAGAAAGAUGAUCAUUUUCUUUUUAUUUUUGGCUGGUAUUUGCAGCUCUGUGCUCGGAGAAGAGUGGACGGCCGAUGUUGUAAAGUCCAUUGAAGCUCUAGUUGGCUCCUGUGUUGUGCUGCCCUGUACAGUCAGUCAUCCUGGGAGUUCCCUGCCUACCUCCAGACUCAGGGGCAUCUGGCAUCGUAAGGAUAAUUGGGACACGUUUUUCUACCAUGACGAUUCGACAAAGAUCCUGGACAGCUUUAAGGGCCGAACAAGGUUGCUGGGAAAACUGGGUCAGAACAAUUGCACCUUAGAAAUAGUUGAAGUUAAAGAUCAUGACAACGGCCCUUUCUGCUUCCGCAUUGAACUUGUACGACAAGACACCAACCAACAUACUAAAGAAAAGUUCUCCUUUGUUGAGAAAUGUGCUGAUGUCAUCAUGAAAUAUGACAAACCUGAAGUCAAACUGGGUCCAAUAAAGACGGCCAUUCAAGGCAAACCCUACACUCUCACCUGCUCUGUUGAGCACACCUGCCCCUCCCAUCGCCCUCAGAUUAAAUGGAGUCGGGAAAAUAAGGAUGAUGAAAUCACUGAAGGACAUAAAUUCAUUCAUUCAGGGGUCUGGGAGGCAGAGUCCAUCCUGUCCUUCGUUCCUGAGGAAAAGGAUGACGAAUCAGAGCUCACCUGCACAGCAACAUUUAAUGGGGGAAUAAAAUCUGAGGCAAAAUUCACACUUAAUGUAAAACGCAAAGAAAACUACAACCACAUCAUCAUUCCUACUGUUGCAGUAGCUGCCACUGCUGUGAUCUUUGGACUCUUCUGUUUUUUGAUGGUGAAGAAAUACAAGAAACGUAUUCAAGAGCUUCAAGGUCAAGAUGGCAGAAGGUCUAUUUGGAGCCAAGUUUUCGCUUCCCGUCACCAAAGAGAUUGCAACAUUGAGGACCAUUUUGUACCUCUGACAAGCCAAAGAAUGGAAAAAGAUAGCAAGAGGAUACUUUUCUUUUUGCUUUUGGCUGGUAUUUGCAGCCCAACGACUGAAGAACAGUGGAAGGCAUCUGUUGUAAAAUCAAUUGAAGCCCUAGUCGACUCCUGUGUUGUGCUGCCCUGUACAUUCACUUAUCCUGGGAGUUUCCUGUCUUCCUCCAGACUCAGGGGCAUCUGGCAUCAUAAGGAUAAUAGGAACGAGAUCUUCUACCAUGAAGACAGCACAAGCGUCUUGGACAACUUUAAGGGCCGAACCAAGAUGUUGGGAGCCCUAGGUCAGAACAAUUGCACCUUAGAAAUAGUUAAAGUUAAAAAUCAUGACAUCGGUCCUUUCUGCUUCCGCGUUGAAUUUGUGCAAAAAGACACCAACCAACCUACUAAAGAAAAGUUCUCCUUUGUUGAGGAAUGUGCUGAAGUCAAAAUGCUCGAAGAUCCUCCCCAACCUGAACUUAUCCAGUCAAACACAGCUGUUCAAGGAAAACCUUACGCCGUCACCUGUUCAGUCCGCCAUACCUGCCCCUCACAUGCUCCUGUGUUUACAUGGAGUCGAGGAAGUGCAGAUGAUAUUAUACAAAUUCAAAAACCCAUUCUCUCAGGGAUCUGGGAGACACAGUCCAUCAUGGUGUUUAUUCCUGGGGAAAAUGAUGACCACACUGAAAUCACCUGCAGUGCAACAUUUAAUGGAGGUCGAAGAUCAUCCAGAUCCAUUCAACUCAAUGUGAAACAUACUGGAAACAUUCAUCACCUCAUCAUUCCAGUAGCAGUGGCCAUUGGCACGGUUGUGAUCUUUGGCGUCGUCUGUAUUGCUGUGAUGAAAAAGUACAAGAAUCGCAUUGCAGAGCUUCAAAGUCGUGAAGGAAGCAUGUUCAACAGACUGUCCAGGAUGUCUCGCAGGUUCCAUUCUAGUGGCCAGUGACUUCAUGGUCAUAAUCCAGAAAUUUUAGCAAAUGAUGACCAGGACGUAGUUGUUCACAUUAAACUUUUUGUUUGAGUCUUGCCUUGUUUUUUAUUAUUAUUAUAAUUACUAUUGUGCUUUAAUUCAGCAAAAAAAAUAAUAAAAUAUGUAUGUUAUGCUUUUUCUGGCAAAAGUAUCAAAAUUGUACAAAAAUGAACUUAUUCCAUUUUCAUGAUGUGUGUUGAAAUUAUGAGUAUGCAUUCUCACUAGGCUAUUAUUUUUAUUCCGGCAAAGUUGGCCAGACUCUUCAGUAUGAUGCAGUUCAUAUUCUGUUUUACCUGAACACUUUAUGUGCAAGUAAGCACUUCUAAAAUAAAAUAAACACGACUGAACUGCAGUAGUUCAACUCCAAAAGCUCCAAAUAUAAAAGAGUGUGUCAGGAAACAUAACCAGUGUCAACUCAGAAAUAAGGCGGCUUUGAGGGUGUGCUCUGCCUCGUCUGCACUCUGUUCAUAUUUCUGUCAUUAUAAAUAUAUUAUUCCACUUUUUUUUGUUGUGGCAGGUAACCGGUGAACGGCUAAGUUCAAUGUUAAAGCAAUGUGUAGAUAUCAUUUAGACAUGAGUGGAUUAUCACAAUGAUGAUAAUAAUAAUCUACCUACCUGUUUGUCAUGAUGUAGACCCAUACAGUUUUCUAGGAUUAGACAAAGUGAAACCACUAUCAAAAGUUAAAAAUGACCAAGGUCUAUAAAUAUGUCUGUAAUUAAAUGCAAAAAUGCCUGAGUAUAAAAUCAACUCAAAGACAGCCCAUUUGGUUAAGAUUUGAACUGAUUUAAUAUAUUUUUAUCAGAUUCAUGUUGAGAAUGUGUUAUUGAGGAAUGCUUAGGGAAUGUUUUAAAAUAUGCUUCCGUCCAUGACUCCAAAGUAAAUAUAUAAAUAUAUAUAAUCUCUUUAAGGCAGAAAGCAAUCAGACCAAAUGCAAUAGUAACAGGAUUUUAAUAAACUGAGGCGCAAAUAUUAUUGUGCAUAGUUUUUAGUUGAUGUGUUGAUAACACUUCAUGAAAAUAAAAUAUAUCCCAUGCAACUCAGAAAUGUUGCCAGUGUUAUAAUAGAAAGUGCAAUUAAUCUGAAUAAAAAUAUGCCAGUAAUCAAAACAAAA